UUCCACCACAAAACUUCCCACGGCUCCUUCUCCCCUACUCUGCGCCGCCCCUUCUCCUUCGCUCUCUGCGCUGCUCCUUCGCUUCCAGGCAGCGCCGUCACUCUUUCCAAUGGACAAACUCAUAGCGGAUGCCAACAAACAGGUUCUUGUGCAGGUGGUGAGGAUGGUUCAAAAACAGGGACUCAGAGGUUCUAAAGGAGGAUGGAAAGAGUUUCUGAAUUCUCAUGAUAAGCAAUUUGGUGCAGGGCUUAGUGACCCAGCUAAAAGAUCUUUGGAAAUCUUGGUUGCUUUUCUUCAAACAUUUACUCAAGAAGAAGACUUGAAGUUUUUGGGCAAAAUGAUAAGACGCCAUAAGGAGCACAUAGCAAUGUCACAAUAUCUUAAAUACAAUCCUGAUGGAGAAUCUCCUCAACAGAGGCUGGUCCGUUUAACCAUUGAACAUCCACAAUUCAUGCAAAAUUACUCUUUUCCUUCCCAUGGCGAGGAAUGGGUCAUGGUACCUCUGGGCAAGACAUCAACGGCAAUGAAGUCAACUCAUAUGAUUUCUAUUGAUUGCGAGAUGGUUCUUUGUGAAGAUGGGACUGAAGCAGUAGUUAAAGUAUGCGUGGUAGAUCAGAAUCUGGAGGUUAAACUUGAUAAGCUUGUGAAACCUAAUAAAGCCAUAGUUGACUAUAGACAAGAAAUAACUGGAAUAUCGGCUGAGGAUUUGGAGGGGAAUACUUGCUCCUUGGCUGAUAUUCAGAAAUCCUUGAAGACACUGUUAAAGCAUGGAACAAUAUUGAUUGGACACAGUUUAUAUAAUGACUUACGAGUGCUAAAAAUUGAUCAUCCAAGAGUGAUCGACACAGCAUACAUCUUCAAAUUUAUGAACUUGCCUAUUGGUUUUUCACCAUCCUUGAACAAUUUGUGUAAGUCGGUCUUGGGUUUUGAAGUGCGGAAGGAUGGUGAGCCACAUAAUUGUCUUCAUGAUGCACAAGCAGCAAUGAAGCUGGUUCUUGCUAAGCUAGAACAUGGAUUUGAUGAUCCCAUUACAAUUGCAGCAAAAACGAUGCCAGAAAGGGAUCUAGCAAAGCUUCUUCUCCACAGAAUACCCAUUGAUGUUCCUUAUCAGGAGCUGUUGAACUUGUUUCCUGGCGAACAUAACAUUGAUAUUCAGACCAAUUUAAGAAUCAAGGGCCAAAGCUAUUCAACAUAUGCUAUUUUCAAGGAUCUCGAAAUGGCAAAUAUGGCGUUUGAAAAAAUUCAAGGCCAAGAACUCAAGGACAACAUUGGCCGCCGUCAGAAACUUACCAUUCUGAAAACCAGCAAAGGCAGAACCAUAACUGUCUGCAUUUGCAAAAUGAUCGAUGAUUGUGCCCAAAUGGAUUGUGAUUUAUUGAAGAAAAGACCAGCCCAAGAUGAUGUUAACGAACCUAGUCGGCAAAAAUUGUGUUUGCAGCAGUGUGAUCAUGUAAAAGAGAUCGAGAGAUUGAAACGGGAGCUUCGAGAAAGAGAGGACGAGAUAUUCAGAUUGCAGAAAACUCUCGUGGCUCUCACUGAAGAACAGGGAAUUUGAAACAAAAAACUUUAUUGCAUUUCCAUGUUCAUUGCCAUUUAAAUUUCUGGCAGAACUGGAAAAUCAUCUUGAUGAAUGUUUCAGUGUGAUAUUCUGUAUGAAAAAUUGGAAGUUGCUUUCUGGUCUUACUGAAAAUUUUGUAUGCUAUAGCUACUGUGUUUUUUUGCUCUUCAACAAAUGUAUGCAAAUUAAUUAAUUCAAAUUA